AUGGGGGGCCCGGGCAGGGUGGGGGGGCCCGGGGAGGGCAGUGGGGGUGACCCUCGGCCGUGCCCCCCAGGUGCCAUGCUGAUGGCCAUCCGGCUGCGGGGCAUGGACGCGGGGGAGACGCUGGCCCUGACCCGGGCCAUGGCCGCCUCAGGCCGGGCGCUGGCCUGGCCGCCCGCCUGGCACGGGCUGGUGGUGGACAAGCACUCGACGGGGGGCGUGGGGGACAAGGUCAGCCUGGCUCUGGCCCCCGCGCUGGCUGCCUGCGGCUGCAAGGUGCCCAUGAUCAGCGGGCGAGGGCUGGGCCACACCGGGGGCACCCUGGACAAGCUGGAGGCCAUUCCCGGCUUCCGCGUCUCCCUGAGCCCUGAGGAGAUGCGCAGCGCCCUGGAGCGGGUGGGUUGCUGCAUCGUGGGGCAGAGCGAGGAGCUGGUACCCGCUGAUCGGGUGCUGUACGGGCUGCGGGACGUCACGGCCACCGUGGACAGCGUGCCCCUCAUCACCGCCUCCAUCCUCAGCAAGAAGGCGGCGGAGCAGCUCUCGGCGCUGGUGCUCGAUGUGAAGUUCGGGAGCGCCGCUCUGUACCCCACGCAGGACAGCGCGCGGGAGCUGGCGCAGAGCCUGGUGGAGGUGGGCACACAGCUGGGCAUCCGUACGGUGGCCGUGCUGUCCCGCAUGGAUCAGCCCCUGGGCCGGGCCGUGGGGAACUCGCUGGAGGUGCUGGAGGCGCUGGAAUGUCUGGACGGGGGCGGACCCCCCGACCUGCGGCAGCUGGUCACGACCCUCGGCGGGGUGCUGCUGUGGCAGUGCGGGAAGGCGGCGGGGGCCGCGCAGGGCCGGGAGCUCCUGGGCCGGGCGCUGGACGAUGGCUCAGCCCGGAGCAUCUUCGAGGCCAUGCUGGGGGCGCAGGGGGUGCCCCCCGACACCGCCCACGGCCUCUGCAGCGGGACCCCCGCCCAGCGCCGACGGUUCCUCGGAACGGCCAAGGUCUGCGAGGAGCUGCCCGCUCUGCAGGAGGGUACCGUGGAGCUGCUGGAGGCGGUGCCGGGGCUGCCGCCGGUGCAGCCGCUGUUCAUCACGGUGGACCCGGCGCGGGACGACGCGGCGGCGCUGGGGCGGUACCUGCGCGACUUCCACCCGCGGCUGCAGGGCCUCACCGGCACCGCCGAGCAGGUGCGGGCGGCCGCGGGGGCUUUCCGCGUCUACGUGAGCGCCGGGCCCCCCGACCCCGACGGGGACUACGUGGUGGAUCACUCGGUGCUCACCUUCCUGCUGGGCCCCGACGGGCUGGUCCGGGACUGCUACGGGCGCUCCCGCACGGCCGAGGAGCUGGCCAAGAGCGUCAGGGGGCACAUGGAGAGCUACGAGCCGCUGCCCCCCGGGUGACCCCGGGGGAAUAAAGGGCGGGGGGAACCCCCGGAA